AUGAGCCAACUUCUAGUGAACUACUUAAAUGACGAUCCUCGACCUGAUUUAACUGAAAUUGAAAUGAAAACGUUUGAGAAUGUGAUAGAAAAAACGGCCAAUCUAAUUUAUGAAAUGUGUUGCAAGCGGUUCAAGAUGUGUAAGCAUUUCCUCCAGCUCAACUGUGUCAAUGCUUUGUUGGAAGCAAGCAAGAAACUAACACGAGGCAGACAUGAUGAGUCGUCACUGAACGCCUGCAUGAAUUGUGGCCUGAAAGAGUCUUCAGGCAUACGAGAAAUAUGGAAAGCUAGUUUUGCUUCCAAAAAAUCAUCUUCUAAAGCCGCUUUAAAAGCCUUGAAGAAGCUGCACGAGAAAGAAGACAUUCGGGAGCAAGCCUCAAUGAACCAACAAAGCCACAUAAAUGACAAUCCCAACAAUGAUGUUAGCGAAAUUAAUCUCAUUUAA